UAUCAACAAUAGAUUUAUCAACAAAAUUAGAAUCAGCAUCUCAAUUACAACAAAAAGAAUUUAACCGCUUACGACAAGAAUAUCGACAAAAUUUAACAACACAAGCUUUAUUUUCAGGUGGAAUUGUUGCAAAUACUUGUUCAAAUGAAGUGAUAUAUCUUAGUUUGUCAAAAAAAUUAGAAACAACAUUUUCAUUAGGUUCAUGGGACAUGUCUGCAGAAAUUCCUAGCAGAGAAUAUUUUACUACAUCAUAUCUUGGUUCUGCCAGUGGAUCAAAGAUUUUCUUAAUCGGAGGAUUCUCUACUAACUCAACAGGACGAAUCGUAGAUUACCCUUCUUCACUGGUAUACACAUUUUCAAAUAGAAAUAUUGACAAUACUAUACGUUAUAGAAAUUGUGCUAAUUGGACAAAACCUUUUUGCAAAAUGACAAAAGACGAACCUACCCCCUCAAAUGACAAAACCUCUUGCGAAACUGACAAAACCUGCGAAACCUGCGAAACUUGUAAAAUUUGUGAAACCUCUAUAAAGACAAUUUUCUUAUAG